ACGUCUCGGUGUUGUGCAUGCCUUUCUUCUAUUUUCGUGUAACUUCGCGGCAAGUACUGCUAUACUGUGCCUUCAUUUCGGGUGGAUUUGUGGUAUCGGAUUAUCUUCUAUUUUUAUUAGGAGUUUAAAAAUGGUUUAUUAUUGUUCUAUAGUAUGUGUAAUGUUUUUGCUUCUUUUCUUUUCAGACAAACACAUUGACGACUGCCAAGAAUGGAUCCAAGAAGAGAUUCAGUGCAGGGACCUACUGCAAAGCAUAUGGGUGCAACAGCUCAUUGUACAAAUGUGUGGAUGGGAAACAAGUCCCGACGAAAAUAUCAUUUUUCGGUAUCCCCAAAAAAGUACUGGAAGACAAAACUAAACUGAAUCAUUGGGCUGCUUUAAAAGACAGAUUGGUAGGGAUAACUUUACCCUUGACAAGUACUCCAAGCUUUGUGAAAAGCAUUUCAAAGAAUCAGAUAUUGUAAGGCGAUCAGCAAUGGGACUUCUGUUGCAGUCUCCAAGGCUUAGGGAGGGUGCAACCCCUGUCCUUCAUUCGUGGACUAAAGUCACACCACAGAGACCAGCUCCGAAACCAAGAUGGUGUCCUCCCCCCAAGAAACCCAAAGGACCACAAAAACUCAACAAGAUUGUCGUCUCAGAGCCUGACAUUGCCAUGGACACUUCAGCAAGUGGCACUUCUCCUGACCUCGACGUCUCUAUGGAUGCAUCUGGAUCAGGGCUGGACAUGGACAUAGACCAGUCAGUGCCAGACUUUAGUGAAAAGACUUCAGAAGUGGACACAGUCUCUAAGACUACUAGUAUUGUAACAGUAUCCCCGCCACCUGUGAAAGUCGAUGUCAGUACUCAAACAGCCUGGACACCUCUAAGCACUUCCACCCAGACAACAUCUGAUUCAGAUUGUAAUGUUCAAAGUGUACAUGAUCAUGUAUACACAUUUGUUAAAGACAAGUCCCAGACACUUGAGUCUUACAAGGAUUAUGUAUUGCAACUGGAAUCAAAACUUCAAGCUGUUGAGGAAGAAUGCAAGCAUCUGAAGAAAACUGUACACAGUUUGAAAGCUCAGGUAAAUGCAAAUACAUUUUGUGCAAAUGCUUUUAGGGGUGACGAUGAUGCAAUGAGGUUUUAUACAGGUUUGCCUAGUUUUGAUGUCUUCAUGGCAUUGUAUGAAUACAUAGCACCUAAAGCAAUGCAGUUACAGUAUUGGAGGGGUAGCAGCACUGUUCGUGACUCAAAGCCACACCAAAGACCAGGUAUGUGCAGACCAGGUCCAAAGAAGAAGUGCACUCUGUUAGAUGAGUUUUUCCUUGUGUUGGUUAGGCUUAAAGUUGGGUUGUUCCACAAAGAUUUAGCCAUCAGAUUUAACUUAUCUGAAAGCACAGUUUCCCGCAUUGUAACCACCUGGAUUAACUUUCUGUACCUGGAGCUUCCUUUGAUGUUUCCGUUUCCGACACAAGCAGACAUCAGGGCAAACAUGCCUUUGCAGUUCUCUCAGUAUCCAACCACCAGGAUUAUCAUUGACUGUACAGAGAUUUUCAUUGAAGUCCCAUCUGCCAUGCUUGCUCAAUCACAGACAUGGUCUAACUACAAGCACCACAAUACCUGGAAGGCACUUGUUGGUAUUAGCCCAAAUGGCAUGGUCACUUUUGUCUCAAAGUUAUGGGGGGGUCGUGUUUCAGACAAGGCUAUCACAAGGGAUUCAGGCCUACUGGCUUUGUUAGAAAGUGGGGACAAUGUCAUGGCUGAUCGUGGUUUUGAGAUAUCUGAUAUUUUACCACCUGGUGUCUCACUCAACAUCCCACCAUUCAAGGGGGAUCGGGCAGCCCUGUCUGCAGCUGAGGUCCAAGAGACAAUGGACAUUGCUUCAGUAAGGAUACAUGUUGAGAGGGCUAUCGGUAGGAUCAAAAACUACCACAUUUUAGAUGGAGUGAUGCCAAUAACAAUGGCAAAGCAAGCAGACCAAAUUUUCACUGUAUGUGCAUACUUAACAAACUUUUCACCGCCUCUGGUUAAGAAAGAAUGAGCUUGAUAAGUUUAGUUCCAUCUUAUGGUAUUGUGUACUUAUACACCCUUUUCAUGUGCAUACUUAACCUUUUCGCACGAAGAAAGACACUUGACCAGUUUAUUUCCAUUUUAUGGCAUAUGUAUAUUGUAUUAAUGAGCACUUGUAAAUCAUUUACAGUGAUUAUUUAUAGUACUGUGUUUGGAAAUGUAUAAUCUAUACAAUGUGCUGUGGUCUUACUAGAUUUACUUGCUCAAGAAAAAUUGCCAGCUUAUAUUAAGUUAUAAGUAAUGGUAUACCUCUUAGAAAAGUGUGAGGUCAGAAGAUUAUCAUUCCAUAAUCACUUUGUACCAUUUAUGCAAUAAAUUGAAGAGCCAACAAGCAGAUGAGGGCUACAAUAAAAUACAUGUUGUUCAAGACUUUGAUUAAGUUUGCUUUUAUCUAUAUAUAGAGAUU